GUAAUCCAACGCACAGUAAUCCAAGUCCUGACCUGGAUAUUCCUUUUUUUUGAUAACUUGCGUGAGCGUAAGAGCAAAAUUUUACUGUUGCGAUCUAACUCCGAAGGCUAAUCGUAACAAAAUGAAUUCACUCCGUAGUCUUCGCAAACAUCCUUCUUUGGUGCCCCUGGUAGCCACUGUAGGACUUGGUGUCGUAGUUGCAAGUCUAUACCUGGGAAGGCUUGCUGUGAAGAGUCCGGAAGUUAGCUGGAAUAAAAAGCAGAAUCCUGAACCAUGGAAUGAAUAUGACAAAAAACAGUACAAGUUCUAUUCACCAAAUGUGGACUAUGAAAAAUUGGAUGACAAACGUCCCACAUUUUGAGCCUGUCAUAUUUCUCGGAAAAUUUCCAGUAUACCCUUUCCACAACUUAAGAACAGGAAUCUCAAAAUUUACAAUUUGUUUUAUAUAUAUAUGAAUGUUUCAAAUAUAUUUGAAUAUUGUAUCUUUUGAAAUAUAAUUUACUGAAUUUUUAAAACACUUUUUUUGUAUUAAAUUUAUUUUGGCUUGGGACCAAAAGAUAUGGUAAAUUUAAAGAUCUGGCAUGAGGAAUUAUAGAAGAAUCAUUUUUAAUUAGAGAGUAGUUUAUGCAUCAAGAACAUUGGUGUAAUUUCAAACCAUUUUUUACUCGUAAUGUUUCUAGCAGUUUCAAAUUUUAUUUCGGUAGGAAUUGUAUCAUUUAGAAUGUAAUAAAUAUUACUAAGGAAAA